UGUUGCUGCUGUGGCGGCUGCUGUGGCGGCUGCCUGCGCCCGCUCCCGGGCGUCUAGCUAGCUCGGCUAGGUUGGGGCUGGCGCUGGCGCUGGGGCUGGGGCUGGGGCUGGUGACCUCACGCAGCAGCGUGUCUGAGCGGCCCGGCGGCGCCGCAGAUUGGCUGGCCGAGGCUCAGCGGUACUUCAAAGCCGCGGAGAGGGCUACAAUUGUGCUGGAAGGGGCGGACCAGAUCAUUGUAUUGCACACCUCUAAAAAAAACACUGCCUCUGAUUUAUCAAUAUAUAAAAGAUCCUCUGAGAGGAGGAGGAGGAGGAGGGCACUUUGGUGGGAUGGCAACUUCACUACUAGGGGUGAGUUUAAGGAUUUUCUCUUGCUGGUUUAAUUAGUUUCUUUCUCUCGCCGAUUGGAGGGGGCUAAAAUAGCCCCGGUCAGGACAGGGGCUAUCAGUCUCUCUAUUGAGGGUUUUUUUUUUUUUUUUUCUUCCUUAAGUACAAGUGAGUUUGGAGAAAAGAAAAAAGGGGAAGGGAAGGGGGGGGGGGCAGAGUCACUCUUUUUGAGCUCAGGAAAAGGUUCUAAGGGCAUUUAUACGAGCCACCUCCCAGAGCCCGGCUGCGGCUGUCCGGGGAGAGGGGCUAGUUCAGCCUAUCUUCCAUGUGACUAUUUCAGGGGGGGAAGAAAGAAAGCCAGCUUUAAAGCUUUUGCUCCCGGGCACUUGGCAGCAGCGGCCCCCCUCCCCCUUAAAAUUCCGCAGCCCGCCGCAUCCUGCAGGAAGAACCGAGGUUGGGAUCCACGCCUCUAGCCAUGCUCGCUGCUACCUGUAACAAGAUCGGCAGUCCCAGCCCGUCGCCCUCCUCCCUCUCGGACAGCGCGUCCUCGUUCGGCAAAGGCUUCCACCCUUGGAAACGCACUUCCUCUUCCUCGUCCGGCAGCUGUAACGUGGUGGGCUCCAGCCUUUCGGGCUUUGGGGUAUCGGGGUCCUCCCGGACCGGGGGCUCGUCCUCGGCGGCUGCAGCUGCAGCGGCCGCGGCGGCGGCGGCUGCGGCCCUUGUGUCGGACUCCUUCAGCUGCGGCGGCUCUCCGGGCUCCAGCGCCUUCUCGCUCACCUCCAGCAGCGCGGCUGCCGCGGCCGCCGCGGCCGCCGCGGCCGCCUCCGGCUCGCCCUUCGCCAACGACUACUCAGUCUUCCAGGCCCCCGGUGUGUCGGGCGGCGGCGGGGGCGGAGGCGGGGGUGGCGGAGGUGGCGGCGGCGGCGGCGGCUCGUCAGCGGCAGCGCACAGCCAGGACGGCUCGCAUCAGCCGGUGUUCCUGUCCAAAGUGCACACGUCGGUGGACGGCCUGCAGGGAAUCUACCCGCGCGUGGGAAUGGCUCACCCGUACGAGUCGUGGUUCAAGCCCUCGCACCCUGGCCUGGGCGCCGCGGGCGACGUGGGCGCGGCAGGCGCCGCCUCCAGCUGGUGGGACGUGGGAGCCGGCUGGAUCGACGUGCAGAACCCCAACGGGGCGGCCGCGCUGCCCGGUUCGCUGCACCCGGCCGCGGGGGGGCUACAGGGCUCGCUGCAUUCGCCGCUGGGCGGCUACAACUCGGACUACUCGGGCCUGGGCCACUCGGCCUUCAGCAGUGGCGCCUCGACGCACCUGCUCAGCCCGGCUGGGCAGCACCUGAUGGACGGCUUCAAGCCGGUGCUCCCGGGAUCGUACCCGGACUCGGCCCCGUCGCCGCUGGCCGGCGCCGGCGGCUCUAUGUUGGGCGGCGGCGGGCCGGCGGCGCCUCUGGGGGGCUCCCCGCGCUCUUCUGCUCGGCGCUACUCGGGCCGCGCCACCUGCGACUGCCCCAACUGCCAGGAGGCCGAGCGGCUGGGCCCGGCCGGUGCCAGUCUUCGGCGCAAGGGCCUGCACAGCUGCCACAUCCCGGGCUGCGGCAAGGUGUACGGCAAGACGUCACACCUGAAGGCGCACCUGCGCUGGCACACGGGCGAGAGGCCCUUCGUGUGCAACUGGCUCUUCUGUGGCAAGAGGUUCACGCGCUCCGACGAGCUGCAGCGGCACCUGCGGACCCACACGGGCGAGAAGCGCUUCGCCUGCCCCGUCUGCAACAAGCGCUUCAUGCGCAGCGACCACCUCAGCAAGCACGUCAAGACCCACAGCGGCGGCGGCGGCGGCGGCGGCUCGGCGGGCUCCGGCAGCGGCGGCAAGAAGGGCAGCGACACCGACAGCGAGCACAGCGCAGCGGGCAGCCCACCGUGCCAUUCUCCGGAGCUCUUGCAGCCCCCGGAGCCGGGCCACCGCAACGGGCUGGAGUGAAUCAGGGCGGCCCCGGCCCCUGGCCGGCCAACCUGGGCCUCGCAGCUGGCCCCCGGGGCCCCGAUGGCCAAGCCCGGCCCGAUAUUGCCUGCCUACCUGCGCCUCGAGGCGCGCGGGGACGGGGGACGCUUUGGGGUCUCCCUUUUCUCUCUGUGACACUUAACUUUGUAAAGGGGACAUGGACGUGUAAGUAAGUUGUAUCGCUUUUUUGGACACUUCUUUCCCCCCUGUCCUUUCUUUCUUUCCUUCCUUCCUUCCUUCCUUCUUCUUUUUUUUUAAUCUCUUUCAUUCUUUCUCUGAGGAGUUAAAAUCUGAUCCCUCACUUCCAUGCAUCCCCGCUAGAGUUUGAGUUGUCCUCCCUCUCCCAGAUGUUACUUCCGAUUGGGGGAGGGGAGUGUGUGUGAGUGUGUGUGUGUGUGUG